AAAUAUAAUCACAGCGUUCUCCAAUAAGGUUCUCGACUACUGUUAAUUCGAUUACACUAAAAAAACUAACAAGAUGUUGAGGUUUUUUAUAUUUUUUUCAAUUUAUCUAGCGACGUAUGCGGCCAACGCAGAACAUACUGUACUCGGAAAUGACGCUAAGCCAGUCAGGCCGAGUGGGAUUCAAAAUACCAAAAACGUGGCUGGUAAGAACGACGUAGUUGGCGAUUUAAAAAUGAAUAACGACCUUGGAAACAUGCAGACUACAGCCAGAGCUUUGGGAACGACCGUGAAGCGGUAUGAUAAUUCGGCGACAGGUAAUUUUCAAACUGUUCCACAACAAAACAAUAGAGCGUCCAACAGUAACACCAUACGAAAACGCCGAAACAGUCGUAGGAACAACCUCAACGCCAAUAGGAGGAAUUCGCCAUUAUACGGGUCAACAUCGUCUCCACCAUCACCAUCUUCUAGCAGUAGCGACAGCAAUAACUACUGGGAUGGUUCUUCGUUGAAUCCAAACAUAACUUUUGGACUCACAUUUAACGGCAAAAAAAUUCCAAUAAAUGUAGUAAGAAAGCCAUUAAAUGCAGCUGAUAUUGAUGGUAGUAGGAAAACAUCUGGUUUUUUGUUUAAUCCAAAAAUAACAUUUAAUAAUGACGGACUUACGGUUGAUGGCAAAAAAAUUCCACUAGAUUCACUAGGAAAUCCAUUAAAUGCAGCUCAUAUUAACGAUAACGGGAAAAAAUCAGUUGAUUUGUCGACAGGCAUCAAUGUAGCUCUAUAUGAUGAUGGCAGAGUGGUGGGCAUCGGCAAAAAAAAUCCAUCGGACAUUGGAAGUUCAGGUAUAGCUAUUAAAAAUGGUGUAGUAAUGAUACAUGGCAAAACAUUUCAAGGAUCAUCUGUAAACUAUAAUGAUGUGGAUGGAUACAUGGUCGAUGGAAAAAAAGUAGAUGUAUUUGAAAAUGCAAAUUCAUCUAACAAGGAUAAUUCGUUUAAUCCAGCAAACAAUAUACAAAAUACUAAAUAAAAAAGGUGGAAUAGACCAAAACCACCGCAAUUCAAAAAUCAAUUGGAAAUUUUAAUAACAAUGGAAUAACGAGUCACUAUUUUGAAGCAUUUUACGUUGUGUAUUUUACCUACAUACAUGUAUUAUAACAAAUCAGUAUAAUGCAACAUAAGAAUAUAUUAUUUCAAAUGAAUUACGACGAAAAUAUAAUUAUAAUGUUCCAUUUUCA